AUGACGCUAUUGGAGAGCUGGUCACAGGAGAUUACUGUAGAAAUCUUUGCUCCACAAAUUGCUCUUGCAAAGCAGCUUUUUUCUUAUAUGGUUUCAACGCCAAUACUUCUCUUUUACAAUUCAACAGCUUAUAUAAAAUUUCAGCCAAAACCGAAGCGAGUUCAUUACUCAGUUGCGCUGUUUCUAUUCUUGUGGGCUACAAAUGACUUCAGCCUGAAGCUGGGCAGUGGAGGAUUCGGUUCAGUUUAUGAGGGUAUUCUGUUGGACGACACAAAGAUAGCAGUGAAGCAGCUUGACAGAGCAGGGCAAGGCUCCAAAGAGUUCCGUGCAGAAGUGGAAACGUUGGGAAACAUUCAUCAUCUUAAUUUGGUGAGACUGAAGGGCUUCUGUGCUGAAAAGUCCCACCGAAUGCUUGUAUACGAGUAUCUCCCAAAUGGGUCUCUUGACAAAUGGAUAUUUCCCAACGAAAGCCGUCAACACUUACUAGAUUGGAAGACCAGAUCCAAAGUGAUUCUUCAUAUAGCACGGGGAUUAUCAUACUUGCACAAAGAGUGUCGAGAACGAAUCAUUCAUUUCGACAUCAAGCCCCAGAACAUUCUUCUGGAUGAAAAUUUCAACGCUAAAGUCUCAGAUUUUGGGCUGGCAAAGCUGAUUAACAGAGAACAGAAUGAAGUGAUAACCAUGUUGAGAGGAACGCUAGGUUAUAUGGCACCUGAGUUAUUGGACAUGGAAUUUACUGAGAAGGCAGAUAUAUAUAGCUUUGGGGUUAUGGUGGUAGAAAUUGUGAGCGGCAGGAGAAGCAGAGAGCUUACAUCACCGGGAUCUGGAUUGUUUCCAUUGUUACAGCGUAAAGCAGAGGAAGGGGGACUCGUGGAUUUGGUCGACUCUGAAAUCAAAGAUGAAGGGAUUGGUGCAGAACAGGAGGCAGAGGAAGUGUUGGGAAUUGCGCUGUGUUGUAUUCAGUAUGAUUUUACAAAAAGGCCAGCAAUGUCGACGGUAGUAAAGGCAUUGGAAAAUAUGAGCGAGAUGGACUAG